UACGCGUAUUUAUAGUGAAAAAAAUGUAAUAUACGAUCAAUUAUUAAAUAUAUAAAUAAUGGCUAAAAGAAAAAGUAUCAACAAACGUCUAUCCAGAUACAGUCUAAGAUCCAGUGCAGGUUCUGGUUUCUUAGAUCCAAAUUCAGAAUUAAUUGGUGAAGAUGAACCUUUUUGGUGGAAUAAAUUGUCAAAUUCACGUUCAGUAGAAUACAGUUUAUCCAAUGAAACAAGCAGACAUUUAAACGCCGAUUCACAUAUUCAAUCAAUGGUUGAAAAUCAACAAUGGUGGAAACUACUGCAAACAUCAAAUUCAUCAUCAAAUGAAAAAAAACACAUAGAGGCUAAUCGACAAGAGAUUGAAAACAAAUAUAUUACAUCUGACACAGAUGAAGAGGAAAAUGAUUUACCAUUGAGAAAAAGAAAAAUUCAAAUACGUAAAAGACCAAUUCAAAAUAGAAGUAAUAUUUUUAAAAAAGCUUUGGAUGAUACAAAAAGUUCAGUGUCAUCUGAAACAAAAUUGCUCAAGAAUUCUAUGACCAAACAUACGAAUGAUACAGAACCUAAUAAACAAUCAUUAGAAGGAUUAGAUCAUACAGAAAAACACGCGAGUCCAAUUAAAAACAAUAGCAGUACAAGUAGCAUUGAUAAAAGUCGUAAUUCUAACAAAUUCUUAAAACAUAAGCAAAAUAUUUUUAGAAAAAAAUUAAAAAAGAAGAAUAGUUAUAAUGCAUUUGAUACUUUACUCAAAGAUAAUGAUAAUGAUGAUGAUGAUGAUGAUUCAGAUAAUAAAUCAGAAAAAAUUGAAACACCCAUGUCAAAUUCGUCUGCUAAAUUAAUGGACAAUAAAAACAUGUCGACAAAAACUGUUGUGGACAAAUCAAAAGAAGAAUCAAAAGAGAAAUCAAAAUUGUCUUCUUCUGGACCAACUGUUUUUAUAAAAUCCAUGAGAAAUUCAGAAAUUGUAAAUUAUGACGAUAAUAAUUUAAUUCCACAAAAUCGUACCAAUUCUAGCUUUAGUUUUUUGAGUAGCAGUGAUGAAAGUUCCAAAUUAGAUAUCAUAACAGAUCCUUCAUAUAAAAGUUUAUCAAAAAAUGUUUCUACAAAUGAAAAGAAAUCUUCUAUAAUGGAAAAAAAUGCAGAUUCAACAAUGCGUACUUCUACAAAAAUUCGUGAUUCUGUCACAAAAGAAACAAUUGAAAAUCAGGAAAGUGGAAUUAGAAACGAAAAGUCGUUAGAAAAUGAAAGACACGUGACUAUUACUGCUCCGAAUAAAAGUAAAAUGGAGAAUAGUAUAAAAAUAACGAUAAAUAAUUCGAAUUUAAUAAAAACAAUCAAUGCGUCGCAACGUGAAAGUAUGCACGAAAAAAAUUCUAGUAUAUCCAGAAUUAUUAAUAAAAGUACUAAGUUUGAAACAAUAACAACCAAUAUGGCGUCCAAAAAUUUGACAGAUGUAUCUGAUUCUACAUCCGACGAAAUCGAUAAUAUUGAAAAAGAAAAAACUGCAUCCAGUGUAUCAUCUGAUUCAAAAAAUAAUGCAAUGAAUGUUAAUGAAAAAAGUGAUAUUAUUUCAAAAAAUCAAAUGCAUACAAUUAACAGUAAUAAUAAUUCAGUGCACCCAAUCAAUGCAAUAGAAUAUACGAGUAAAAAUGAAACAUUAAAAAGAAAAAUAUCUACAUUACAGAAUAGUCAGAAUAUUUCUAACAAUAAUGAAGAAAAUAUAUUACAAAUAAAUAAUAAAACAUUGGUAAAGGAUUUAGAUAUGAAUGCGGUUAGUUUAAAACAAACAUCUUCAAGAAUAAUGGAUGCCGAUGAUGUUAACAAUGAACAAAAUGGAGACAACAUAAAUUCUUCUAAUCGUAAAAUAUCUAAUGCAAUUAAUAUCAAUCACCAGAAAAAGAUUAAUGAAUACUUUGCUACAACGACUUCCAAAUUAGAUUCUCCGAUUAAUGCAAGACUAAGUAAACCACUUGAAAUGUUGAGUAAUACUAAGGAAAAUAAAGAAGUCAAGAAAAAAGUGAAUAAAAAAUCAAAGACAACUAUUGGUAAACUAAUUAAUGCACAUUUUACCACAGUAAGAAAAGAUUCGUCAUUAGAAAAGAAACAAUUAAUAGAAAAAAUAAAAGAAUAUCGAGAUAUGGGUACAAAAAAAUCAGAAACAAAGAAAAUUGAUAAAGCUUAUAUUGUUAAUGGAAAAGUUUAUAAAAGACCAAAACUACCACGUCCAAAAUCAUGGGCUACCAAUCGUCUUUAUAAAUUCCUUUGGAAAAAAAUGCAACCAAAAUAUAAAUUAUUAACAAGAGUGCAAUCUGAAAAAUUUGUUAAAGAAUUAUCCGAUGUUGUAUCGAUUAUUAUUAAAACAAAAAAGUACAGUGACUACAAAACUCUGUUAAAUAAUUUAAUGGAAAACAUGGCUACCGUGGGAAUUAUUACUACAGCUAAUGAUUUUUAUGAUUUUUGUUAUGAUUAUCUUCCUUAUGAUUUUCGUGUUAAAGUAGUACCUAUGAUAUUACCUGGUAAUGUUAGAAAUAUACCAUUUAAUCCAACAACUUUGAAUGAACCAAUACUUAAGAAUUAAAAUAAUUUAUGAUUAUGCAUAGAGUUAUAAAAAUAAAAAAUAUUAAUA